CUGGUUUGAAUAAGUCUGGAAACAGCAAGUGCAUUGGAAGCAUUAAUUAAAUAAUAACUGAAACAAUAUUGCAAAGUAUUCGAGGCAAAAUGAGUGUUCAGGCUGUAAGCAUACUACUAAUAAUAAUCGGCUGUCUGAGUGGCCCAGUCAUUCAAGCAAUUGCCCAACCAGGAUACGCGUAUGAUUCCGAAGAGAGUUUCGAACAAGAGGUGCUUGAGGCCCACAAUGCCUACAGAGCUAAGCAUAAUGCGCCUCCAUUGGAGCUAGACGACAAUCUAUCCCAAUUGGCCACCAGCUGGGCUAAGCACCUGCUGGGGAACAAUCGCAUGGAACAUCGCCAAAACAGCGGAUAUGGAGAGAACAUCUACAUGGCUUCGGGUGGUAAUUUGGGGGGUGCCGAUGCAGUUGACUCCUGGUACAAUGAGAUCAAUGACUACAAUUGGCGUUCCCCUUCGUUUCAAAUGAACACUGGCCACUUUACCCAGCUGGUUUGGAAAUCCUCCAAGCGGCUAGGUGUAGGAUUUGCUCGACGCGGCAACACAAUUUACGUCGUAUGCAACUAUGAUCCACCUGGCAACUAUAAUAACAUGUACCGUGAGAACGUCAGCCCUCCAUCUAAUUGAAGCUUCACAUGGAAGCUUUUGACACAAAUCCUUAUAUAAACUUUAUGAAAAUCGAUUGCCAAACACAAGCUCAUAUUAUAAUAAACCGCAUUUUUGAGAUAAACCAAAAAAAA